CGUGACUCUCUAAAUAUAUGGCACUGGUGAGGAGUGUUACCGUCAUUUAUAUAUGCCGCUGACUCCGCUUUACGGCAUCUCACCUUAAUAUAUGAUAUCUUUGGUCAUCGCACGGUUCGCAGACAAACUUGAACUCGUCACAAAGCUAAAAAUGAUCAACUGGAAGGCUUUGGACAAUGUACCUGUACUCUUGUACAUUUUAGCCCUGAAGACACUGAUUCUUUGUUUGGGCUUCGCUGGGGUGAAGAUCUACCAGAGUAAGAAGGCAGAGGCAGCUUUGAAGCAGCAGCAGGCGGAGAAGAGGAAACUGGCUCAGCGGACACAAGAGCUAAUUGAUAACUUGAAGGAAGACUGAGAGAAAAAGCUGAACACUGGUAUCAAAACAUGUGCCAAUUUAUGUACAAACUGUAUGUGAUGCAGACACGUACCGAUUUGCAUUAUUACCCUGCCAAGCUUGACCUGUCUUGCCAUUUUACUUGCCAGGGUUCAGGCACGAAACGAAGGUAGCUGACUGACUACAAGAUGAGCCCCUCAUUAUGUCAGUGUAACACUUCUGAUCCUAUGUUCUGCAGCAAAUCACACAAUACCAACUAUUUAUUGAAUUUUCUAACCUGUAUUUGUUAAAUAAAUUGUUCAACACUCCGUGUCAGGCUGCAC